AUGGGCUCUUCAUUCUCGCGCAAUUGGAUGCGCAGAACGACGCACUUGGUCUCUAUGUGGCUCAUCCCGGUAAUGAUGAGCAUGGAAGAAGUCACCUCUCUCGGCAUGUGCAACAGUGUCUUUUUCGAGCUCAAAUUCAUUACGUACAUCAAUCCUUACAGCAUCCCUACUGGGGAGACAGCAGAAUCAUUCUGUAACACUCUGUGUAAUCAGGCGACACAGAUGCCAUGGGCGCAUGGUAUGAGCAGGGAUGUCUGUCAUCGGCAUGGACCGCUCUGUUUGAUGCCUUCGUCAGCCGUUGCCGGCGAUCUCGAUUAUCCGAAGAAUCAGGACACCCACUCAGACAUGUACUAUCAUCUCGACACUGUCACUUCUUAUGGCCUUGGAGUUGGGGGCGCAUCAACCUCAACCUCCGUUUUCGAUUUUCCGUUGUUUCGAAAGGGCCACAAUGAUAAAGCCAAGGUUGGAAUUUACCAAGUCCCCAAAGUCUAUACGUGCGACUGUUCUAUAAAGGCUCACUAUCCAAAAAUCUCUCGGGGACCCCUGGCAGCGACCCACUUGGGGAUUGAAGGCGGCUCUUAUCAAUCAGCCGAUUGUCAUCCCGAAGCUGUCGCAAGAAGGCAUGUUUCCGGAAGAUGGCAGCUUGACAGCUUUGGAUCAUCUUCCGGACCUAUCGAGGGGGUCGAGAAAGAUUGUAACGAGGAAUUGAAAGUAGGGCGGCUGACAUAUACAGACGAAGGUUACUGCACCAAACUGACCUACCCCGUUACUCGGAGCUUCAACCAUUAUUUACCUCAGAUGCUCGAUCUCCAUGGCCAACUUCCCUUCGCGUAUAUGUGA